GUGGCUGUGGCUUCUGAUUGUCAUACUGCGCCACACUUUAAGCCAGGUGCCCUGAUGAAGGGUCGAUUCCCCUUCAAAACCUCGUCCUCUUUGAUAUGAGCGGACUCUGAAUCCCUCUCCAUGUUGCUGUACCUUCUUAGUCAGGAUCCCGAGUGCGGACAAGGCUCCAUCGAGAUUGAAGGGCGUCAUUGGAAACUGGCUGCCUACAACUUGGAUGCACCUGAUGCCGAGCACAUACGAUUCACUUGUGUCUCCUAUGCAUGGGGCGAGGGAAGAGAAGGCAGUCCCUUUCAUCCCGGUUAUGACAUUUCCGACCGGACGAUACCAGCAUUGAACGCCGUUGUGAGCCACCGCCCGUCCUGCGCUCGCAUAUGGAUCGAUGCAUUCUGCGUGCCCGUCGACACGCCGGAGAGAAUCCACACCUUGGAGAGCAUGGGCUUUAUUUAUUCCCGGGCCGAGGAAGUCAUUGUCGUCCUGUCCACGGCCGCACGCCCUGUGCUCGAACAGAUGAGCACUUCCGAUCGCGUCGACCCUGUCCAUCUCGAUGCUUUGGAGAGGGAGGAAUGGGUUUCGAGGGCGUGGACGUAUCAGGAAGCGGCGAACAGCAGGGCUCUCUACAUCACAUGCGAGGAGCCCCGCGGGAUCAUCAUCCCAGGCAGCCAUUUCCUGAAUUGCCUUGGCUACACCCUGACUCGCCUCGACGGCUCGGUCCCCACGGCAGCCGACAAGAGGCAGCGAUACCCGCGUCUCGACGCAUUUGAGGACCUGAUUGCAGAGCACAUGCUCGCCGGGUACCAGGAACGCUCUGCCCUGCAAGUCAUGUCGAACAUGGAUCGUCGCACUCAACGCCGAGGCGAAGACCACUUCUAUGCCAUGAUCGGCGCCAUCAGCACUGCGCGCGCCAGCUCCUGCCCGACUCUGGACCCUUGCGAGGCGUUUAUGUCCCUAUGCGAGAGGAAGGGUGAUUACUCGUUCAUCUAUUCCACCGCAAAGCGAGACUCGACGCUGUCGAAACGCUGGCGUCCGGUGUCAGGAGAUCUCCCGGCCAUUUUACCUUGGCAUUGUUACGGCGAGGGCCAGCCUGCUCAUGAGGCGUCUGGGUCCUUAUAUCUAGACCUGAUGCUGCCGCUUGAGGUCUCGCCAGUAGACGAGGAUGGAAAGAAGGUCAUCCAAGGAUGGCUUGCCGCGAGCAAACUUGGUUCUGUCGACUCUGGGGAAUCCCUCCAGGAAGCGGCCUAUGCGGCCCUUCGAAUCAUGGGCUUCACCGGCAGUCCAGACUGCGUGACCACGACGCAUGGUUUCUUUUUCCCAUCCGAGCGGAUCUCCACCGACCAAUCCAUCACCAUUUUGGUCGCGACUGAAGUGCGAUGGAGCUUUGGCGCGCCGGGGCUUGCUCGCUACAGCGGAGAGGUGGAAACGUACACCCCUGGGGUGUUUUUCGGCCGCAUCGACAACGCAGCCGCUGUCUCAGUCAAGGUAUCCUGAAUGAUGGACUGGGGAGAACGUCAAAGGUUUCGUCGCGGGGAACGAAAUACUUCACGCCAGAAGGACGAAGUGCCGCUCAGAAGGCUUCACCCAAAGCUACAACAGCAGCUAAACCCUCCCGUCCCCUCUAUUUUGUUCUCUAUACCUCCAUCGUGGUGGAAGUUGAGUCACGACGGGUUACUUCCUCGGUGCUGCACCUGCUAUAUUUCUACCUGUUUCCGGGGUAAGAUCAGCAGAAGGCAGACUCGUCAAUGCCCAACUACCUAUCUUCUGGGGCACUACACAGCGUGCUGAUGAUACGUACCCACAUACGCACAUGCAUAUAGCUUUGCUUUCGAUGUUGUGGUAUUAACUCAACGUCUACGCCUCCAUCGCGGAUCAGACUCUGCAAAUUGAAAGGAGGCGGAGUGAUGGUGGGUAAGGAUGUGGGUGUAAAAUGUAUACAUGCACACUAAGGGUGAAUGCAUAAUGUAUAUGCAAUGUUUACGUAGGUAGAGCAGGGAGACGAAGGCUAAGCGGACGGGACCGAGGACGGAGAAGAUCUAUUCGUGCGGAUAGAUCCAUUGAUUCCAUUCCUUGCAUGGACAGCGUCUCCCUACAGUAAUAUUCGAG